CGGACGAUAAGAGCUGUGGGACCACCGGAUGUGGUGAAAUGUUUUCGAAAUUCGGCAUGAAGAACAACAGAGCAACAUAAAAGGCUACCUACUCACCACAUACCUUGGGAGAGAGUGACAGUGUUACAGAUCUGUCUGCAUGAAUGUGUAGACGAGACACCUUCACUGGGUGAGUAACCAUCGGCUGAUAUUUGCGGCAUGAAUCCACCCAAUCCGUUCGGCCGACCACAAGGUGGGGCUUUCCAAGCCCCAAGCAACACCAUGAAGACUGGCUUGUUCCAGAAAUUUGGACAACAAAGUUCCAACAACCAGCCUCAGACGAUGGAAGUUCUUCAACCCUCAGCGUUUGGACAGCCACCUGGAUUGAUCCAGCCCUCAGCUCAUGGAAAUACCAUGUUUGGACAGGCCCCUGUUUUUGGACAGCCGUCUGCACAGCAAGCUCCAGCGUUUGGGCAGCCAUCAGUGACAACAAGUAGCUCAGGCUUUGGCAGUGGCACAGCACCAGCUUUUGGACAGACUAGUGGACUGAACCAGGCCUCAGUCUUUGGGCAGCCUUCUGCAUUUGGGCAGGCAUCAGGAUUUAGUCAGCAGGCUCCGGGAUUUAGUCAGCAGGCUCCGGGAUUUAGUCAGCAGGCUCCAGGAUUUGGACAGACCCAGAUGACCUCUGUGCCCACCACUACCAUAGGACAAUCUCAGCCACCUGGGUUUGGACAGUCUGCAUUUGGGCAGUCUGCAUUUGGACAACCAGCAUCUACCAGUGUCACUAGUGUAUUUGGUAACAGUGUGACACAGAACAAACCCUUAGGACCAUCCAAAUUCAGUUUUAAACCAGCCACUGAGGCACUUUUCAAACCCAUCUUCAGUGCCAGCCCCGAGCCUACUAACCCUCAAACUACAACCAUGUCCAGCUUACCUUUUGGGAGCAGUGGUAACCAGACAACCUCCAGCAGCAGCACCACCACAGGCUUUUCUCAGUUGACAAGUGCUAAUUCUGGGCCAACAGGCUUUAGCUUCUCACUGCCAGCUGCAGCUCCCUCUAUCUCUACUCAAAACAACCCACUAACAACUAGUAAUAGUGGCGGUCCUACAAAACAUUUGCAAUUUACUUUUUCCCAGCCAGCUCCUCCUUCUAGCUCGAGCACCACAAAUGCAUCCACCGCCCAGCCCUCUACUCCAUCUUCAUUUAGUUUUUCAAUCAAGCCCCCUCAGACCCAGACACCACUUUUUGAAGGCACCAAUUUUGGUCAGCACUCAUCUUUUGGUGACAACAAAGGUCAAACAGAGAGCAUUACAGAUGAGAAAAGGAGUAAUGUUGAAGCCUUAGAGGACACAAAUGUAUUUGCUAGAUUGGGUAAAGGUACUAAGCGUAAGGAGGAUCCAGUGGUUCCCAACAUCAGCCAAGAGAAGCCUGCCACAGUGGAGGAUGUUCUAGCAGAACCAGACUCAGCAAGGCACCCCCCUAAGAGGCCCCUUAUGAGGUCCCAUGGCCCACCAGGCUUAUUUGGAAGGGCACUAAGUGGUCUUCGUAAAGACGGUACGAACUUUGGAAGGCGGGAGGCCACAAAGGAGCCUCAGCAGCAGCCACUGAAGUGGGAUGAGACUGAGAGGGAACAUAUCCAGGGUCAGGAUGAUAACAUGGCUGCUACACCACCCACUGCACAAACUCUCACCAAAGAUGUGCUGGAAAAAGCAGAAGAGUCAGCAAAAACCACCAACCCGGAGCUUCUAAGUUUUACCCCGGUGAAACGUGGGGUACGCAGGGAGAGCUCAGAGAGCCUCAGCGGCGGGUCUUCCAUAGACUGCACUGUCCUCCAUUGUCGGAAUAUCCCACCGAAACUCAACAGAAAGAACAUUAUCGAGAAGCACUUUGCUCGUUUUGGCAAAGUCACAAAAGUGAUUUGCCGCCCUGCAAAAAACUUUGCCUUCAUAUACUUUGAUGAUCAUGCAUCAGCAGCACAGGCCAAGAAGAAAGGCAAAGUCCUUCAUCAACAUGAACUCAUUCUGUUGUGGCAAAGAAAGAAGCAGAGUCCAGCAGAGAAAGAGAGCAGAUCUGCAGUAGGAAAAGAGGAAUUAGGAGAAAGCUCAGAGGACACACAGUCCAGCGCUACAUCCUCCACAUUCAGAAGAGCUCAACUCAGGGCUUCCGAAGGCACCAGCACCAUGACCUUUAGGAGCAGCUCUCCAGCAAAGAAGAUCACAUCAGCUAAGUCUCUGCAGUUCAACACUGAACCACAGAAAGAGAGUGCCACAGAGCCACAGAGCUCAGAGCGCCCAGUCCCCUCCUCCCUCCUCCACCUGAUUGGCCAGGUGGCAGAGACCACUGAGGACAAGUAUCGUCUGCUGGAGCAGAGGGAUAAGGAACUACGUCAAGGUCGGCCCAAACGCACAGACCUGAAUCUGUCGAAGGCCUUUGUGGGGACGUGUCCCGACAUGUGUCCAGAGAAGGAGAGGUACAUGAGAGAGACACGGAAUCAGCUCAGCAUAUUCGAGGUCAUCCCAAGCACAGAGAUGGUGGAUCACACAGCAGCCAUCAAGGAGUACAGUCGCUCCUCAGCAGAUAAGGAGGAUCCUCUGCCCAAUGAAUUGCGCCCCCUGCCUGUGCUCGGCAUGACCAUGGACUAUCUGGUGACUCAGAUCAUGGACCAGGGCCAUGACAACUACCGCGACUGGUAUGACUUUGUCUGGAACAGAACCCGUGGCAUCCGCAAGGACAUUACCCAGCAGCACCUGUGCUGCCCACAUACGGUGUCGCUGAUCGAGAAGUGCACACGCUUCCACGUACACUGUGCCCACCACCUCUGCGAGCAGCACAUCUCAUCGUUUGACCCCAAGAUCAACAACGAGAACAUGACAAAGUGUCUGCAGAGUCUCAAAGAAAUGUACCAGGACUUGGCUAUGCGUCAAAUCUACUGCUCCCAGGAGGCAGAGUUCCGCCAGUACAGCGUUCUGCUCAGGCUCAAUGACGGGGACAUCCUGCGUGAGGUGCAACAAUUCCGUGAUGAAGUGCGUAACUCGUCGGAGGUGAAGUUUGCUGUUCAGGCGUUCGCUGCAGUCAACAGCAACAACUUUGUGCGCUUCUUCAAGCUGGUGAAAGGAGCCUCCUACCUCGCCAGCUGCCUCCUACACAGAUACUUCAAUCAGGUCAGAGCGAAGGCCUUACAGAUCCUGAACAUCGCUCACACUGUGGGUCCACGGUCGACUGCAUUUCCAGUCGAGGACGUAACUCGGAUGUUAAUGUUCCGCAGCACCGCUGAAGCAGCUGACUUUAUUCAGCAGUAUGGCCUGAACGUCAAUGAAGAUGUGGUCGAGCUGAGUCGCACGGCAUAUCAGGAGCCAGAGCUGCCGCUGUCCCAGAAAAAGUCUGAGGUCAUCCUCGCAAAGAAAACCAUGUUGGUUGGCGAGGUGGUGAAUGGAAGCCCGCUCCCUAACCCUCCCCAGCAUGCCCCCAUCUGCAGCUUUGACGCGCAGAACAAGUACCUUGGAGAAUUGACUUUGGCUGAGCCCACUACAAGCCAGUUUAACGCUCUGCCUGCUAAGCUGGAGGUGAAGGCAUCACCCAGCUACCCAGAGACAUUGCCACAGGUCACAUCGCUUCUCGACACCCGCUCUGACUUUGGGCUCCCUCCAGCUGUUCCAGAUGUGCCGGCUGAAUCACAUUACAGCUCGUCCCACACGGCCGACGCCCCGCAGUUCUUCCAGCCGAUACAUCAACCUCAGCCUGUGAAGUCACCCUCUCCCCCUCCUCUUCCUCCUCCUCCAGUGUAUAGUGACGAGGAAAUAAGGGCUGAACUGAAUUGUGUGAUUGAAGAGGUCGUCGAAGCAGCACUGAGGGAAAUCGCUGAUGUUGGUGCCAGCUAUGCCAAAACAGCUCUCGCGGAGAGCAGUGUGCAGAUGGAGUCACUGGUGGGUGAGGUAUUGGGACAGAUGCUGAAGGAGGUCUCCUCCACCGAGAUCAAGUUAGAACAGGAGCGUGUUGCAGAAGAGAAACGCAAGCGUGAAGAAGCCAGGAGGAGGCAGGAGCAUGAGGCUUUCCUGAAUCAGUUCAGCGAGUGUCUCUGCACAGAGCUCAUCCACCAAGUUGUCGACGAGACCAUCAAAGAAACCUGCAAAUCUGAGAUCCAGCAAGCAGUGAAUGAGAAAGCACAGCGUGUGGCUAAAUGCACGGAGCAGGUCUGCAGCCGUCUGGUUGAGGAGACUCUGAAUACAGAUAUUGCUCUGAUAGCUGAAGAAAUCCUUGAUGUCGAGCUGCAAAGAAUCCACAAGUACAUCAAAAUGUGGCGUGACGUGGUAGCAGUCCGUCGGCAACUGAAGAGACAGAUGAGAGGUUUCCCCGCAGCUCCGUGCUGUGUGGACCCAAGAUUCAAACUCAAGGCUCUGGCUCCCAGUGCCCCUGUACAGCCCUCCAUAGCAGAUCUGGCUCACGGUGUGGUCAACCUGGGCAAUGCUGGCACCUUAGCCCUGUCUAGCACCAGGUUAUUAAAAAUGAGGCAAGAAGCAAUCCACCAGAUGAGAGUCCACUACUUUCAUCAGCUGCUGCUUGAUGAAAUGGUGUGGGCUCCGCUCGACCUGCCAGCACUGGUGGCAGAGAACAUCCCUGACCCGCCUGUCCGAGUCUUCUGGAAGCUCGCUCUCCUGUUACCCAGCAACCACGAGAGUGAAGCCAGCCUGGCCGACGGGAUUCUGUCGGACUGGCUGGAGGUGAAACUCGGUGGCGAGGGGUCAGAGGUCAGGAAGGAGCAGCCAGACGGCACACUGCAGACACUGUGCGUCACCAACACUCUGCAGGAGAAAGAACAACACACGCACAUAGUCCAUGUCAGCGUCAAGGCGUGCCGAGGUCCACUGACUGAAGACAGUCUGUCCAAAAUGGAGGAAAUUGAUGAGCUCAAUGGGACAGGAGCUCUGAUCAUGUUGCUCCCCACCAUGCCGUUCAUGCAUCCAGGCCGUGAUGAGCAGGACGUUCCUCUGCUGUCCGCCUUGCUUCAGCUCAAACAGCUGCAGCAGGCCAGCAGCUGGCACUGCCCUCUGCCUCUGGUCAUUCUGGUUCCAGGGCCUGAUGGUGGUGCUGAUGAUGAACAGAAACUCGGAGAAGCCCUGAUGCUGCACACACUGGUCCAGGAAGGUCUGAUAUCAGAGUUCAUGUUCUUCUUCAUACCAGAGACCACAAGUGACAUCCAAGGAUCUAAACAGCUGAGCUCUGCCAUGUGUUGGCUGCUUGCUCGUGCCCCUCCAUCCUUCCCACUCGCCUGUAGGUCCCUGGUGGAACUUGUCGAGGCCAGUUUGAGUCGAGAGUUCAAUUCCAGAGUGCACAGCCACCAGCAGGAACGAGCCACCGCACAUCUUCCCCCACAGGACCCCGCACCCAUCAUCCAGCUGUACAAUGCAGUCCUGGUUCACAUUGCCGACGCGGUGUCUUCCGAGGACCUCUGCAAAAUCUCGUGGCCGCCAGGCGAGUUCAGCCUCCCCGAGAAUCGGCACUUUGUUCCUCAUCUGGGCUUUAACUCACCUCGGCAUCUUGCCUGGCUACAAAAAGCCAUCCUCAGUCUGCAGCUGCCACAGUGGGUGCAGCUUUCUUCUAUAGACUCUUGGUCUGAACUCCGUGCCUCCAUCUAUCACUACGCCGCUCAGAUCCCAGUCUCGCCUCACAGUCAGCCUCUUCUAAUGUCACGCCUGGAAAACCUUCUGGAAAAGGUCAGGCUCAAGUGUCACUGUGCCAAAACCCCCGGAUCUGCCGUCACCAUGAGAAGCUGGGACAGUGGGGAUGAUGGUGUUUUACCAGCCUACGUUCAGAUCCCCUGGGAAGACAUACUGGUGAUUUGCAUCGAUCACAAACUGAAAGACUGGCAGAUUCCUGGGCCACCUGUUUGUAAAGACGCUGUGACAGAGGAUGGAGAGAUCCUGGUUUACUUCCCCACAGAGGCACUGAACACUUUCCAGCCACCUGAUGAAUGGACCAAGGCCACCAGACGAACACACAGAGAGAAGAAGCAGCAGGAGGAGGAGAUCGGAGCAAGUGCAGCCGCCUGCAUCACACCCAGCAGUCAGUCCCUCAGACAGAGGCUGUUUCACAAUGUGGUAGAGACACCCGAGUCCUUGGCUGCCCCGAUGGACAUCUCACACACUCCCACGGCACAAGAACUGAUGACCCACAAACUCCUCCAGAGCAUAGAGGACGAGAAGGCUGAAAGCAAAAGGAGCAUGGAGCAGCUUCAGCGUUGGCUCGAUGGUGACACCUUGGACCACUUGUCCACACCACUCUUCCUUCCGUCCUCCACCCUGUUGUCCAUGCCCACAACCAUAACUCGCAAGAUUAGAGAUGGCGGUCUUACACAGAAGUCUGGUAAUCGGACACAGAGAGCAGAGCGGCCCCUAAAGGUUCCGGCAUCGUUUGAAUGGCGACUGAAGGAACUGGAGCGGCAGAUUUUGGCGAGCCAAGAGGAAGAGCUUGCCUGCAGCCUGGAGCUGAGCGGUCUGCUCAACAUUGUUGAUGACUGACCAACAAGUGAUGCUCUGUCUUUCCAGUUACAUAUUUACCAAUGUUUGAUUAAGUGAGGCAAAAUGAGUUUUUUGUCUCUGAGAGACUACAUCGAACUUUUAAGUCUGUUUCAUCAGAAUGUUUUAUUUGAUUUUUUUAUAGGUAUAUAUUACAGGUAUGAGUGUUUUUUUUAAUUAGAGAAAACAAACCAAGAUGAUUAGUUCUUGGUUUAUGUUGUACCAUUAAUAUAGCAGAGUUUUAAAUAUGUGUACAAAUACAGCAUCUAUUUGAUGCUCAUUCUGAAUGCUGUGUGAAAAAUAUUUUUUUGUGUGUCUUUAACAAGCUUAAAUACUUGUAUGGUAGCUUGUGUCUUUGUACUGUUUAGUUGUGACAUUUUCUAUUAAAUAUAACAUUGACAAAA